CCUCAACCAUCUCAUCCAUCGAUCCCAUCCUCGGCUAGCGUAAGCAGACACUGUACCCCACUCGCGGAGUUGACUGAAAGGGCAUCAUCACGCGAGGCUCGCUGGAGCUGCAAGCAACGAAUCAUGUCCAAACCGAUGCUCACAUUCGUCACCGGCAAUGCCAACAAGCUCAAGGAGGUUAGAGCCAUUCUGGCGUCGGCGCCAUCCUUUCCCUUUGAACUCGUCAAUCGAGACCUAGAUACGAUCGAGGUGCAGGGCACUACGCAGGACGUUGCGCGUGCCAAGUGUAGCGAGGCGGCCAAGAUUAUUCAAGGACCAGUCAUCACAGAGGACACUGCUCUCGGCUUCUCAGCCUUAAAGGAUCUUCCUGGUGCAUACAUCAAGGACUUUUUGAAGGCUCUUGGUCAUGAUGGCGCGUCUUCGAGCGCCUUGCUGCUUGAACCGCUCGCACUCACGACCGCUGACUGGUAUCCUCUUUCCACACACUUAGGUCUCAACUCCAUGCUGGCUGGCUUCGAGGACAAAUCUGGCACAGCGUUGUGCACCUUUGCGUACUCGUCGGGGCCAGGCGCAGAGGUGCUACUCUUUGAAGGUCGUACUGCGGGUAACAUCGUGCCAGCUCGCGGGCCAUCCAACUUUGGCUGGGAUCCAAUCUUUGAGGUGCAGGGAACCGGCAAGACGUAUGCCGAGAUGAGCGCAGAGGAAAAGAACAAGCUAUCGCACAGAUACAAAGCGCUCGCGCUGCUUCAAGAGCACCUGCUCGCGAUCGGGAGGCGCUCGGAGGCAUGAUUUGGAAAUGGGAUCGAAUUUACCAUCUCUUGGGUCUGACGCGUGAGGGCCCAGGUGAUCACGGCGAGCAGCUCAGAAGCGCGCACGACGAGGCCGGAUCGAUUCCAUCCUCAGGCACGCCGUAGCGGUUCGAAUCCAGCAAAGGCAGACGUACAGAAGAGGUUGUUGCUUUUCGAACCUCUUGACGUGCUUAUUCGAGGCGGCACAAUCAGACAGGCAGAGCUCGUCACGUGUCAGAACGCCGCCAUUCACGCGACGCGCUCCAUCGCGCGACCGAAAAGUGUUGGCGCAAACGACAUGUACGACCUGCCUGCAACGUUUCUUCUUGAAGACCACAUUGCGUACCCUCGCAUUGGGCGUCGACGGGCAUGAGCAAUUCGAUGCAGAGGAGGAAUAGGUACAGUUACGUACAGCCUGCAAGAGCUGCAAGCAGGAAAUUAG